CUACCUGUUGGUUCCACUAACAUUUCACAGCUAGUGCGGUUCUGCAGGUUCAGUGUGAGUGUGGAAGUGUUGUCUUCAAUAUGGCACUCACAAAUGAAAAAGUGCAGUCAUAUGGUACGGAGGUAGCAGUAGACGAAAGCACUGAAGUCUACCCAAGAUGGAUGUUCUGGAAAAAACGAAGAUACGUAGUGGCAACUUUAGCCUUCUUCGGCUUCUUCAACGUUUACGCCCUUCGGGUGAACCUCAGCAUAGCCAUUGUAGCCAUGACAGAAAACAGAACCGUGACUUUAGACAAUGGUACUGUUAUUUACGGACCAGAAUUUGAAUGGGACUCCACAAUCCAAGGCUACAUCCUUAGUUCCUUCUUCUACGGUUACAUUACAACUCAGCUAUUUGGGGGUUGGCUGAGUGCAAGAAUCGGGGGCAAAAAAGUCUUUGGGGGAGGAAUAGCCGUCACUGCAGCUUUAACACUGAUAACACCAUGGCUCGCCAAAACCAGCGUGUAUCUCUUACUAGCAGUACGCAUAAUAGAAGGAAUUUUCGAAGGGGUGACCUACCCCUGCAUUCACGCAGUGUGGGCUAGAUGGGCACCCCCUCUUGAACGAACGCGAUUGGCCACUUUAGCAUUCUCCGGAAGUUACGUUGGUACCGUUGUAUCAAUGCCGGUUUGUGCCUACCUAGCUAAAGCCUUAGGAUGGCCCAGCAUUUUCUACUUCUUUGGGGUUCUUGGACUGGUUUGGUGCGCUGUUUGGUGUAUAGUGGUGGCGGAAUCACCAGCUGAAGAUCCGAAAAUUUCCAAAGCGGAGCUUAACUACAUAAAAGAGUCUUUGGGACACACUGACACCAAUCAAAGAAUUCGACACCCGUGGAAAGACAUUCUUAAAUCUAUGCCUGUGUGGGCUAUCGUUGUGUCCCAUUUUAGCGAAAACUGGGGCUUCUAUACUCUGUUGACCCAGCUUCCGAAGUUCAUGAAGGAAAUACUCAACUUCAAUCUGGGUAAAACUGGGUUCAUGUCGGCUUUGCCGUACUUAGCUAUGUCUAUUAUAAUUCAAAUUUCUGGACAUUUUGCUGAUUGGUUGCAAGAAAAGGGGAUUAUGACGACGACGCAAGUCAGAAAAGUGUUCAACUGUGGGGCUUUCAUUGCGCAGACUGUUUUUAUGAUGGCUGCAGCGUUUUGGUUAUCACCUGUAGGUACCAUUAUUUGCUUGACUUUGGCUGUGGGGUUAGGUGGAUUUGCAUGGUCCGGAUUUAGUGUUAAUUAUCUGGAUGUAGCUCCUCAACACGCGAGUGUUUUAAUGGGGCUGGGUAACACUGUAGGAACACUACCUGGAAUUGUGAGUCCCAUUAUCACUGGAUAUAUCGUCACGACUCCGACUGCCCAAGAAUGGCAAAUAAUUUUUUAUAUAGCUAGUGGUGUCUACUUGUUUGGUUGCGUAUUUUAUGGGGUCUUUGCGUCUGGUGAAGUUCAGUCAUGGGCUCGUGGUGAUGUGAAAACGACAGAAACACCAAUGAAGGAACGAGCAACGAUGGGUCUUGAUAAUAAAUCGUUUGAACCAGAUCUGUAAAUAAUGGAAUAAAAAAUAGGUAAUUAAAAUGUGAUAGCUGAUGCACUUUUAGCUAGUAAAAUACUCCAGUGUCGAAGAACGACGUUAUUUUUUAAUGUUCCAAUAAUUGUACAUAAAUAUUUUACAACAUCAAAUAAAAUGC